ACAGACGGUUAUAAAAUUUCAAGUGGGACUCUCACCUCCCAUGACUUCCUAAAAAAGGCCAAAAAAAAUCUAGGACAGCAACCUGAUGAUAUGGACAUGCUCCUCAUUUAGCGAGUCCUUGGUUGUGUUUAGUUCCCAAAAAUUUUCAAUGAUGCACAUCACAUCGAAUCUUAAGAUACAUGUAUGAAGUAUUAAAUGUAGUUAAAAAAUAUAAUUAAUUGCACAGUUUGGUUGUAAAUGACGAGACAAAUCUUUUGAGACUAAUUACUCUAUAGUUGGAUAAUAGUUGUCAAAUAAAACCGAAACGUGCUACAAUAACUUUUUCGCAAACUUUUCGCGAACUAAACACACACCUUAGUGAGUAAACAAAAAAUUUCGUUGAAUGUUUGUACCGCAGCAGCAGAAACAAAGACCAAAAUCGGCGAAACGACGAUCGACGACACAUCAUGUAGCAGCCAGAGCUAGCUAGCUAGCUAGCACAGCUUGAUAAAUAUUGAUUGGCCACGUUCCUCCCCAGAAAGCUUGAGCCGCCAUGGCCAUGGUCAAGAAGGUACCGAAGACCCUUCUCCGCAACCUCGCCCACCUGCUAUGCGUUGCUACCCUUUCCCAUGCCACCUCGCUUAGCUUCAGCUACAACUUCACCACUCCCGGCGCCCUCACCAGCCCCGACCUCAAGUACCUGUCCAACGCCACCGCCGCCGGCGAUCGGGUUGACCUGACCAAGAACACGAGCUGGAGCACGGGGCGGAUGGCGUACGGGCGCCCGGUGCAGCUCUGGGACGACGCCGGCAAGGUCGCCAGCUUCACCUCCAACUUCACCUUCGUCAUCAAGUCGCGCAACAGCAGCGCUCAGGCAAGAAGAAUUUCUUGA